GUCGCUAGUUGGUAGUGUCCCUUCACCGUGCGCUACCACGACAUGCCCGACGUCAUCGACUUCCUCGUGCUCCGCCAGCAGUACGAGGCCGCCACGGCGCGCCACUGGGGGCCCGGCGACAGGUUCCGAUGCAUGAUCGACGACUCGUGGUGGACGGGCGUGGUGCUGGAGCGGUCGGGCGCGGGCCCCGGCGCGGGCCCCGGUGCGGGCCCUGGCGCGGGCCCCGGUGGGGGCGCGGGCCCCGCGGCGGCGUUCUCGGCGACGGCGGCGCCGCACUUCCUGUCGCUGAAGGUGCGCUGGGACAACGGGGAGGUGGAGAGGCUGUCCCCGUGGGACCUGGAGCCUAUUGAUGUGGAAAGGUCAAAAAACUUGACUGAAGCUGUGUUGUACCGACCUGAACCCCACGAGUGGCCCCCGCGAGGCGACCGCUCCGCCGCCUGCCGCGCCAUCGCGCAACACGUGUCGCAGGUGAUGUCUCUGUCGGUAGCAGAAGCAUUCGUAGCACCAGUGGACCUGCAGCGAUACCCGGCCUACGCGCGCGUCGUGCCCUACCCUAUUGAUCUGGCUACUGUUCGAGCGAGGUUUGAUAACCUGUUCUACCGUCGCGCGGCGGCCGCUCAGUUCGACGUGCGAUACUUGGCCACCAACGCAGAGCGCUUCAACGAGCCGCACUCGCCCAUAGUACGCCAGGCGCGUCUGGUCACCGACCUACUGCUGCACAUCAUCAGCCACUGGCGCGAGGUGGACGUGCUGAGCAAGUACCGCGAGCUGGCGGCCGCCUACCACUCCUCCGACGACGAGCCGCUCGCACACGCCGUCGCCAACAAGACGGCGCGCACAGCAAGGAGUGGUGCCGGCCGGCGCUCGUGGACGGCUUGGUGCGGCUCAGUACUGCGCUCGCUACUGCGCUCGCCCGACGCCGAGCCCUUCAAGCAGCCCGUCUCGCCCGGGGUGGCGCCCGGUGAGUGACGUCACACAGCACCAGGCGGCGUGCUGCGCUCGCUACUGC